AUGAAGCAAAAAUUUGUACUACCGAUCACCCCACCAAGUACGGCGGAAAAGAAGCCUCAAACAGAAAACCGUUGCAAUGAGAAUUUGAAGCCUAGAAGAUUGCUACCGCAAUUGAAAAAAAGUGUCCGUAACAGGAAACCUAGACUGUCAUAUAGGCCUGAGUUAAACUCUGUGUUUGAUCUGGAUGCGUACGUGGAUUCGACACACUUGUCCAAAUCCCAACGCCAUCAUAUGGACCGCGACGCCGGUUUUAUUAGCUAUGCUCUGAAUUAUAGCAAAAGAAUGGUUGUAGUCAGCGGGGCAGGUAUAUCUGUUGCCGCUGGUAUACCGGAUUUUAGAUCCAGUGAAGGGAUUUUCUCUACUGUGAACGGCGGCUCUGGGAAAGAUUUGUUUGACUACAAUCGUGUGUAUGGCGACGAAUCAAUGAGUUUGAAAUUUAAUCAGUUAAUGGUGUCAUUGUUCAGAUUAUCCAAGAAUUGCCAACCUACAAAAUUUCAUGAAAUGCUCAAUGAGUUUGCUAGGGAUGGCAGGCUAUUGAGACUGUACACGCAGAAUAUUGACGGUUUAGAUACACAAUUACCUCAUUUAUCAACUAAUGUGCCUCUGGCGAAGCCAAUACCCAGUACAGUACAAUUACACGGAAGCAUAAAACACAUGGAAUGCAAUAAAUGUCUGAAUAUCAAACCUUUUGACCCUGAACUGUUCAAAUGCGACGACAAAUUUGAUUCUCGGACUGAAAUCAUACCGUCAUGUCCACAAUGUGAAGAAUAUGAAACAGUUAGAAAAAUGGCAGGCUUAAGAUCUACUGGUGUGGGCAAGUUGCGUCCAAGAGUAAUUUUAUACAAUGAGGUCCACCCUGAAGGUGAUUUUAUCGGUGAAAUUGCCAAUAAUGACUUAAAGAAAAGAAUUGAUUGUUUGAUUAUUGUUGGAACGAGUUUGAAGAUUCCCGGAGUGAAAAAUAUUUGCAGGCAGUUUGCGGCCAAAGUCCAUGCAAACAGGGGUAUUGUGUUAUAUUUAAACACCAGUAUGCCGCCUAAGAAUGUGCUAGACUCUUUGAAAUUUGUAGACCUAGUUGUACUGGGAGAUUGUCAGCAUGUUACCUCAUUAUUAUAG